AUGCCUUGCGCGUCACGAUCAGACGAGCUGGUUUUCUUCGUGAACGGGAGGAAGGUGAUGGAGAGGAAUGUGGACCCAGAAGGGACUCUGCUGACCUUCCUACGAAAGAACUGGACCCUUUUGUCAAAGUCCUGGCUGUUACGCCUCACAGGAACCAAGUACGCCUGCGGAAGAGGAGGCUGCGGCGCCUGCACCGUGAUGGUGUCCAAGCAUGACCCCGUGUCCAGGAAGAUAAGACACUUCUCUGUCACUGCGUGCCUGAUGCCCAUCUGCUCUCUGUAUGGAGCUGCUGUCACCACCGUGGAAGGUGUUGGAAGCAUCAAAACCAGGCUUCCCCCUGUGCAGGAGCGUAUCGCCAAGAGCCACGGCACCCAGUGUGGAUUCUGCACCCCUGGGAUGGUGAUGUCCAUGUACACACUGCUCAGGAACCACCCACAGCCCUCGGAGGAGCAGCUCAUGGAAGCCUUGGGGGGUAAUCUAUGCCGCUGCACUGGGUAUCGGCCAAUACUUGAGAGUGGAAGGACUUUCUGCAUGGAGUCAAAUAGCUGUCAACAGAAAGGAACGGGAAAAUGCUGCUUGGAUUGGGGAGAAAAUGACUCUUCCUCACUUGGCAAGAAAAGUGAGAUUUGCACGAAGUUAUUUGCAAAAGAGGAGUUUCAAUCCUUGGACCCAACCCAGGAGCUCAUAUUUCCCCCAGAACUCUUGAGGAUGGCAGAGAAUCCAGAAAAACGAACACUGACCUUCUAUGGAGAGAGAGUUACCUGGAUCUCUCCUGGGACCCUCAAGGAUCUCCUGGAGCUGAAAGUGAAACACCCUAAGGCCCCUCUUGUUCUGGGCAACACCUCACUGGGGAAGUGAUUACCCAGACCUGCAAUGAAAUCUCAAGGACAUUUUCAUCCAGUUCUCCUCUCUCCUGCAAGGAUCUCUGAGCUGAGUAUGGUGACAAAAACAAGUGAUGGACUGACAAUAGGCGCUGGCUGCAGCCUGGCCCAGAUGCAGGACAUCUUGGCUGAGAGGAUAGCUGAGCUCCCAGAGGAGAAAACACAGACGUACCGAGACCUCCUGAAGCACCUGAGGAGUCUUGCAGGCCAGCAGAUCCGGAAUAUGGCAUCCUUAGGGGGCCAUGUGAUAAGCCGGCAUUGCUGUUCAGACCUGAAUCCAUUUCUUGCUGUGAGCAACGCUACCCUCAAUCUGAUUUCAGCAGAAGGUACGCGGCAGAUUCCUCUAAAUGAACAUUUUCUUGCUGGGUUGGCAAGUGCAGACCUUAAGCCAAAGGAAAUUUUGGAAUCUGUGCAUAUCCCGCACUCUCAAAAGUGGGAAUUUGUGUCCGCCUUCCGACAGGCUCAGUGCCAGCAGAACGCCUUGCCCCACGUGAAUGCUGGCAUGCGAGUCCUUCUCAAAGAAAGCACAGACAGCAUUGAGGAUCUGAGCAUCGCCUGUGGAGGGGUGGGGGCUGCCACCAUCAGUGCACACAGAUCCUGCCAGCUGCUCCUCGGGAGGCACUGGAAUGAGUUGAUGCUGGAUGAGGCUUGCAGGCUGCUUCUGGAUGAAGUCUCGCUCCCAGGCUCAGCCCCAGGUGGCCGGGUGGAAUUCAAGAGGACCCUAGUCGUCAGCUUCCUCUCCAAAUUCUACCUAGAGUUUCUGCAGGAACUGAAGAAGCUGGUGAAGCUGUUCUCUGUGCCUGACAGCCGUCAUCAUUCUGAAGUUUCAGACCAAUUCCUAAGUGCUCUCGAAGAUUUCCUAGUCACAAUACCCCAGGGAGUCCAAACGUACCAGAAUGUGGAUCCUCACCAGCCCCUCCAAGACCCAGUUGGACGCCCCAUCAUGCACCUGUCAGCUCUUAAACAUGCCACUGGGGAAGCCAUGUUUUGUGAUGACAUUCCCAUGGUAGAUAAAGAACUUUUCAUGGCUUUGGUGACCAGUAGCAGGGCUCAUGCAAAAAUCAUAUCAAUUGAUGUGUCCAAGGCUCUUGAACUACCGGAAGUGGUUGAUGUGAUAACAGCUGAAGAUAUUCCAGGCACCAAUGGUGCUGAAGGUGACAAACUGCUGGCUGUAGAUGAGGUAAACUGUGUGGGCCAGAUCAUCAGUGCUGUGGUUGCUGAGACAGAUGUACAGGCAAAACGAGCAACUGAAAAGAUAGAGAUCACCUAUGAAGAUCUGGAACCUGUAAUCUUCACCAUUAAGGAUGCCAUAAAAUACAAUUCAUUCCUGUGCCCGGAAAAAAAACUUGAACAAGGAAAUGUUGAGGAGGCCUUUGAAAAAGUCGACCAAAUUCUUGAAGGAGAGGUCCAUGUUGGAGGACAGAAACAUUUUUACAUGGAAACGCAAAGAGUGCUUGUUAUUCCAAAGACAGAGGACAAAGAACUGGACAUUUAUGUGUCCACACAGGACCCAGCCCACGUGCAGAAAACAGUGUCUUCCACUUUAAACAUCCCCAUCAACAGGAUCACCUGUCAUGUAAAACGAGUGGGUGGAGGUUUUGGAGGGAAGGUAGGAAAACCAGCUGUAUUCGGGGCGAUUGCAGCUGUGGGUGCCAUCAAAACAGGUCAUCCCAUUCGUCUUGUCCUUGAUCGUGAAGACGAUAUGUUAAUAACUGGAGGAAGGCACCAUCCAAAUAACUGGGAGUUACCAGUAUUUGGAAAAUAUAAAGUAGGAUUCAUGAACAACGGGCGGAUCAAAGCUCUAGACAUUGAGUGCUAUAUUAACGGAGGAUGCACGCUGGACGACUCUGAGCUGGUAACAGAAUUUCUAAUACUAAAGCUGGAAAAUGCAUAUAAAAUUCACAACCUCAGGUUCCAGGGCCGUGCAUGCAUGACAAAUUUACCAUCCAAUACGGCCUUUCGUGGAUUUGGCUUCCCACAAGGAGCCCAAGUAACAGAAUCUUGCAUCACAGCUAUGGCAGCCAAAUGUGGCCUUCCACCAGAAAAGAUUAGAGAGAAAAAUAUGUACAAAACAGUUGACAAAACCAUCUACAAACAAGCAUUCAACCCUGAGACCCUGAUAAGAUGUUGGAAUGAAUGUCUGGACAAGUCUUCCUUUUACAGCAGAAGAAUGCACGUCGAAGAGUUCAAUAAGAAGAAUUAUUGGAAGAAGAAAGGCAUUGCUAUUAUUCCCAUGAAGUUUUCAGUUGGCUUUGCUGCAACAAGCUAUCAUCAGGCAGCUGCACUGGUUCAUAUCUACACAGAUGGGUCUGUGUUGGUCACUCAUGGAGGCAAUGAACUGGGACAAGGUAUUCACACCAAAAUGCUGCAGGUGGCCAGCCGUGAGUUAAAAAUACCCAUGUCCUGUAUGCACAUCUCUGAAACGAGCACAGCAACAGUACCUAAUACAAUUGCUACAGCAGCGUCUAUCAGUGCAGAUGUCAAUGGCAGAGCUGUGCAGAAUGCUUGUCAGAUCCUUCUGAAACGCCUUGAGCCCAUCAUUAAGAAACAUCCGGAAGGUACAUGGGAAGACUGGAUAGAAGCUGCAUUUGAACAAAGAAUCAGUCUCUCAGCCACUGGAUACUUCAGGGGCUACAAGGCCUUCAUGGACUGGGAGAAGAGGGUGGGGGACCCAUUUCCUUACUAUGUCUAUGGAGCUGCCUGUUCUGAGGUUGAAAUCGACUGCCUGACAGGUGCUCACAAGAAAAUCAGAACGGACAUCAUCAUGGAUGCAUGUUGCAGCCUAAAUCCGGCCAUUGAUAUUGGACAGAUUGAAGGUUCGUUUAUUCAGGGAAUGGGGCUUUAUACCACUGAAGAACUGAAAUACUCCCCAGAAGGUGUCCUGUACUCUCGGAGCCCAGAUGAGUACAAAAUUCCAACCAUCACUGAUGCCCCAGAGGAGUUCAAUGUCUCCUUGCUGCCAUCAUCACAAACCCCACUAACCAUCUAUUCAUCUAAGGGCCUCGGGGAGUCUGGGAUGUUCCUGGGGUCAUCUGUGUUCUUUGCCAUUGCUGACGCUGUGGCCACAGUGUGAAGAGAAAGAGACAUAGCUGAGGACUUCAUGGUGCAGAGCCCAGCAACGCCAGAACGGGUUCGAAUGGCCUGUGCAGAUCGAUUCACAGAAAUGAUCCCAAGAGAUGACCCUGAGACAUUUAAACCUUCGUCUAUCCCUAUAGCGUAACACUGCUAUCAUUCCCUAAAAGGUGUUUCAGUUUUUCACAAGUAAAAAGAUGGCUUGUUAAUCCUAACUGGGAUCCAAACUGAUAUUCUUAUACUGUUGUAGAAAAAAAUAGACACAAAAUUUAGAAACGUUAUCCAACUUUGAUUAUAUUAACCCAAUGAAGCAUUAUUUGCAAAGCAUUUCACUUAGACUUUCCAGCCUAGAGGCCACCAGAAAAGCACUGCUGUAUCCACAGUAAGCAAGUUUAGUGCUGAUUUGUUUCUGAAAA